AUGGCGGCCUCAACAAUGGCCCUCUCCUCUUCCUUCACCGGCAAGACGGUGAAGCUCUCCCCCUCCCCCGCCUCCGAGAUCUUCGGUGGCGGAAGGUUCACGAUGCGGAAAACCACCUCCAAGCCCAAGCCCAAGCCCGCCGCCUCCUCCGGCAGCCCAUGGUACGGCCCGGACCGCGUCAAGUACCUCGGCCCAUUCUCCGGCGAGCCCCCGAGCUACCUCACCGGCGAAUUCCCCGGCGACUACGGCUGGGACACCGCGGGCCUCUCUGCCGACCCGGAGACCUUCGCCAAGAACCGCGAGCUCGAGGUCAUCCACUCGAGGUGGGCCAUGCUCGGUGCCCUCGGGUGCAUCUUCCCCGAGCUCCUGGCCCGUAACGGAGUCAAAUUCGGCGAGGCCGUGUGGUUCAAGGCCGGGUCACAAAUAUUCAGCGAGGGUGGGCUCGAUUAUUUGGGCAACCCGAGUUUGAUCCACGCGCAGAGCAUAUUGGCCAUAUGGGCCACACAAGUGGUUUUGAUGGGCGCAGUUGAAGGGUACCGUAUUGCAGGUGGGCCUCUUGGUGAGGUAACCGACCCGUUGUACCCGGGCGGGAGCUUCGACCCGUUGGGCCUGGCUGAUGACCCGGAAGCUUUCGCAGAGCUUAAGGUGAAGGAGCUAAAGAACGGGAGGCUCGCCAUGUUUUCCAUGUUCGGGUUUUUCGUGCAGGCCAUUGUUACCGGAAAGGGCCCGUUGGAGAAUUUGGCUGACCACUUAGCCGACCCGGUUAACAACAAUGCUUGGGCCUAUGCCACCAACUUUGUCCCCGGAAAAUGA